AUGGACAUACCCAGAUUAUCCGAACGACUAGGAUGCAUGAUAUAUCGGAGAAGGUUUGAAAUGGAAGUUGAAGAGUUAAAGCCGGAAAUCGAAGUAUUGCAUGAAGUCUACAUUGAACUGAAAGAGUCAGUCAAGUUUAAGAGGUUGCUAAAGGCAAGUAUAUAUGUUAUCAUAAUUGAUACAAUAUUGGUGAUAGGGAAUCAUUUAAAUCGCUCGACAUUCCGAGGAAAUGCCGUGGGAUUUCAAAUUGAUUGCCUCUUGAAGAUCCAAGAAACAAAAGCAUUGGACAACAAUCCUAAAGGAGCGGCGACUUUGCUUCAUUAUUUAGUACUUACAUUAGAAGAUACACAAAAGGAUUUACUGACAUUUAUGGACGAAUUGAAACAUCUAGAAGCCGCCGCCAGAAUAUCCGUAGUCACCGUAGUAGGUUCUGUUGCAUCGUUAGUAAGUGGAAUCGAAUCAAUAAAAGAAGAAAUAAGUAUAUUGAAAAAAUCAAAGUUAUCUCCGAAAGGGGACAUUUUUUGCGAAACAAUGGAGGACUUUGUUAAAAAAUUUGAGCCUACUAUUGAAAGUAUAAAUGAAUUCACGGAGAAAUUGGAAGAAGAACUGAAACAGCUGCUAAUUUAUUAUGGAGAAGAUCCAGCUACGACAAAACCGGAAGAGUUUUUCGGAAUGAUUCUCUCUUUCAGUAAAGCAUUCACAGCAGCGAAACAUGAAAAUGAAAAGGCGAGAAAAAGGGCAGAAAAGGAGAGACAAAGAGAAAAUAAUAUUCAAGCCCGUUUGGCAUCGAGAAGACCAUCGGAUACCUCAAGUAUUGCAUCUUCUAUGUCAGGAAAAGGUGAUUUUGAUGAUGCGAUCCGAGAUCUAAGAUCUGGGCUCAAGAAAAGUCGAACGAGACCCGUGUCAAAAGUUUUCACGGACCUACAAGUUGAAGUGGUAGUUCAAACUAGUGGUCAUAUUAGGGGAACAAGUAGCAGCUCACAUCACCGUGGAGCCAGCAGCAUACAGCACGUUCGUGUCAGUAGUACAUUUUUGCAUCCGUCUUCGGUUGUUGAAAAGGACGAAUGA